UUUCUUUCUAUUUUCAUUCUGAGACAUUUCUAAUAAUAAUCAAAAGAACAAGGCGUGAGGUCAUAAAAAAAAUAUACAGUCUGUAAAGUGAAUUCAAUCAGAAAAUCGAAGGGUUUCUCUCUCUCUCUCAUCUCUGUAAGAUAAACGUGCGGCAUGAAUAAGGACUUGGAAGAAAAUUACGAAGAAGAAGAAUCUGAUUUAGAAAAAGAUAUUCAUAUUUCUCGAGGUCACCGAGAUGUACAAACUGAUGAUGAAAUAGAAUAUGAAUUUGAUUUUGAAGAAUAUCAAGAUGAGGAGGAGGAGGACGAAAAUUGUGAAUAUGAAAAUGAAGAUGAAUUUGAAAACAACAAAAAAUUUGAAACAGGCAAAUUUCGACGAGUUCAUUUUUCACAAACGAAUAAAAUCAUACAAAUUGAUAGAUUGCCGGAAGAAACGAAAGAUUUGAAAAAGGAAAAAUCAACUGAAGAAUUAAAGAACAAAAGAAAAUCGAUCUAUAAUCUAGAUUCUUACAAAUCUGAAGCAACUGUUUCUAAAUUGAAAAAGGUGGAUUCAGAGGAAAUCAAUAAGAGUGUUCGCUAUUCCCAUUCUACGGGUAUACCAGGCAUCGCGAGAAUUGAUUUAUCACCUUUGACACAAAAAAUCGUUGGCUGUGUAAUCGGUGAAAAUGUCACUACCGAAUAUCCAUGGAUUUACAUAAAAAAGGAAUUAAUUGAGGACAAUAUUGAUCUUCAUGAUGAGAGCAGUGACUUUUUAGAUGUUAAAGAAGAAAUUGAAACUUUUCCUGAUACAAAAAUUUUAAUUGGCUAUGCACCAUCGUCAAUUAUUGAGGAUGGUCAAUUUUAUAUUUGUCUCACUGAAGCUGGACGCGAUUCUGUUAUACGUCAAAUUGAAUUUCAAAGAUUAAAUCAAGAAAGUCGUGUUAAAAAUGCCGUUCAUAAAAUUCCCAACGAUUGGAUUGAAUUUGGUAGUAAAAUUGAAGUUGACAAUAAUAUUGUCAAAUAUAAUAGACCACUUCUUCAAAUUGAGAUGGAAAUGAAGGGAAAAUUAAUGAAGAGACGUGUAAUAUUAUCGAAUCGUGAUGUUGACGAUCAAAGGGACGGUUACGUUAAACUAAAUCCUUACCGUGAGUCCUUCGAAAAUGUUUCAAAGCUUUUAAACGAUACUGCUGUCCAAGUAACUCCAACUUUCAUUGAUAACGAAACUCAAACCGUAACUAAAUUUCAAACGAAUACAUGGUCUCAGCACUCGAUGGAAUAUUCUACAUUUGAUCAUUUCAAACUUUCUGCGAGCAAAUCUCAAUCUCUAAACAAAUUUCUCAAGAAACACGAUCACUAUAUAACUAACGAGAUGCUGUUGAAUGCCACUUGGGACGUACACAUCAAUGAUUAUGUAAAUCUCAUUCAUUCCAAGAAGAAUAGUGAAACAAUGAUGACAGUUGCUUACAAGGAAUAUGGAAAUUACUAUGAUGGUAAAUUUUGUACGGAUAAAGUAAUUAAUGAUUUAUGUUGGCAUCCAUUUUUAACUGGAAUUGCCGUAUGUGCUUAUACGGAUUUUGCCAAGAGUAGCAAAUUUAUUGGACCUAGAAAUGAUAAUGAGGUUCGAAAUGUAACUGCAAAAAGUCAUAAAACCCUAUUAUGGUCCUUCACCGAUAAUCUUCAACCAAAAUUAAUUUUUGAUUCACCGCGAGAAAUUUCUGCUGUCUCCAUUUGUCCCUACGAUGGAAAUCUAAUUAUUGGCGGUUAUGCUAAUGGCCAAAUCGUUCUUUGGCACAUUCCUGAUCUAUUGGAAAAAUUGGAAUCAACCGAAGUGUAUACAACAUCACAAAUGAGACAUAAAGCACUCAUGAAAAGUUUAAUGUCCUGGAUGAAAGGUGUGAGAGGAUCAUCGGAUAUUGAGAUCACGGCAACAUCCGCUUUGCAAGCGAGUCAAAAAGGUCGAAUUACCCAAAUUGCGUGGGUGCCGUGUUAUAAUAAAAUUGGCAAAGAUGGAAAAAUCAUUAGUUUACCGGCGGAUACGCCACCCACAGAUUUGAGCUGUCAAUUCAUCACUUCCAGUGAGGAUGGAACUGUUGCUUUUUGGGAUUUAAAAUUAGAAAAAAUAUUUGAAAAAAGAAAGCAUUUAAAUAUAAAACGAGACAAAUCAAAAAUACCAAAACCAGAUAUUUUACUUCAAGUAAUUUCACCCUAUAAGGAAUUGGAUGGUAUUUGGCAUCCAGAUUAUAUAAUAAAUAUUAUUCAUCCCGAAUUUGGACGUCGUUUAAUUAUAACAACAAUGAAUAUAUAUUUCCCAAAAAUUCAUAAAGAACAAACAAAUUAUAAUUCAAAUCAAGAGAAUGACAUUUUAUUUAGAAAAUGUUUUAAAAAUAUUAUGAAGAAACCAAUAUACGACAUGGAAGCAAAAAUUUUUAUUGGAUCAGCCACAGGACAUUGCGGAGUCAUAACGUGGGAGGGUUAUAAUUUUUCAACUGGUCAAUUAAUAAAUCGAGAAACAUGUCAAUGGAAUUGGAUAAAUAUUAUUCACGAUGGUCCAAUUACUCAUGCUGUAAGAUCAUCAUUUAUCUCUGAUUUAAUAUUGACUGUUGGUGGAAAAAUUUUUGCAUUAUGGAAAGAAAAUUUUCGCCGACCAUUCUUUUGGAAUAGAUCGCAAUAUAGAUAUACAGCAUGUGCCUGGGGGAUUUAUCGACCUACAAUAUUAGUUGUAUCACGUUCAGAUGGAACAAUUGAAAUUUGGAAUUUUACAACAAAAAGUAUGGAAGCGAGUGUUAUGCAAAAUUUAUCAGGUGGUGUUCUUACGGGAAUUUAUAAUCACGAAUUACCUCUAAAUCCUCAGUGCACUGCUUUUUGUGAUUAUAAUGGCGCAUUGAGAUUAUUUUUAUCACCACCGAUAAUAUCUGAUUAUGAGAAUGAUAUUAAAUGGAUGGAAAUUUUCAUUAGACGAACAUUGAAGGGAAUAAAUGAUUUUCAAGAAUGGCAAAAAAAUUGGAGUGCAUCUAAUGUUGAAACUAUAGAAGAAAAGAAAAAACUAUCAGACCUUGAGAAUGAAAAAAGAAUUAAAGAAGUAGAAGAAGAAAAUGCCAGAGAAAUUCAAGAAACAUCAAAAACCAAUAAUUUACCAAAAACACAACAGUCAAUGAAUUUUAUUGAAGUUGCACGAAUGCGUUGGAUGUCAAUGGAAUUAAAACGAAUGCAAAAUAUUAUUCUUGAGAAAAAAGGUUUAAAAAAGAAUGAAUUAGAAAGACGUUGUGCACCUAUUUUAAAAAUGAGACAAGAAGUAGACGCAAAAAAACGUAAACUCCGUAAAAUUAUACAACUUCAAGAUAAAAUUUUCGAGGACACGACUGCUUUUCUUUUUCCUAAACAGUAUUACGAACAACACCAAAGAAAAGUUUCUACUACCACCACCAACACAAUCGCCGCCACGUUUGUCCCUGAAGAAAAACCUACGCCAACUUCGACAAAACUUGAAACUUCUCAAGAGAUACAAUUCAACAGUCCAGAGGAGGAGAUUAUCUACAACUUCAUGGAAGUUCAAGCGGAAGCUUUAUCCUCAAUGCUACGAGGACGUCCACACAAGUACGCAUUCCAGUGGCGAAAUACUCUGUCAGAGGGUAAGGCAAGAAGAAAUUCCAUGGAUGUUGAUCUCGAAAAAUUCAAUAAAUCAAAGAAAGCAGGAAUCACAUCAACUGAUGAAGAAUACAGUAUAAGUGAUUUGACUCGUAGUAUCAGUUCUUCAAGCAAUUUUUUCUCACAGGAAAGUGAAAUAGACAUUGAUGAUGACUGAUUUGUGAGAUUAAAUCCAAUAAUUUAUGGGAAAUUAUAAUUUUUUAAUUCACUCAAAAAUAUGAAGAUGUGGAA